CUCCGCGCCGCGCUCCGCCCGGAUGGCCAGGGCUGUGCGGGAGAAUGGCGGAGCGAGAGAGCGGCGGCCUGGGCGGGGGGGCCGCGUCCCCGCCUGCCGCCUCCCCGUUCCUGGGGUUGCACAUCGCGUCGCCGCCCAAUUUCAGGCUCACCCAUGACAUCAGCCUGGAGGAGUUUGAGGAUGAAGACCUCUCCGAGAUCACCGAUGAGUGCGGCAUCAGCCUGCAGUGCAAAGACACCCUGUCCUUACGGCCCCCACGCGCCGGGCUGCUGUCUGGGGGCGGCGGCAGCGGCGGCGGCGGCGGGGGGAGCCGGCUGCAGGCUGAGAUGCUGCAGAUGGACCUGAUCGACGCGGCGGGGGACACUCCCGGCGCUGAGGACGACGAAGAGGAGGACGAGGAGGAGCGUGCGGCGCGGCGGCCGGGAGCGGACCCGCCUGAGGCGGAGCCCCACCAGGAGACGGUGCCCCGCGGCCAGGGUCAGGGCCCGGGCCCGGGCGGCGGGGACACGUACCGGCCCAAGCGGCCCACCACGCUCAACCUCUUCCCGCAGGUGCCGCGGUCUCAGGACACACUGAAUAAUAAUUCCCUGGGCAAGAAGCACAGUUGGCAGGAUCGGGUGUCGAGAUCAUCCUCACCGCUGAAGACAGGGGAGCAGACACCUCCACAUGAGCACAUCUGCCUGAGCGAUGAGCUGCCGCCCCCAAGCAGCCCCGCCCCCACCAAGGAUCGAGGCACCUCCACCGACAGCCCUUGCCGCCGAAGCGCUGCCACCCAGAUGGCACCUCCCGGUGGCCCCCCUGCUGCCCCACCGGCUGGCCGGGGCCAUUCGCAUCGAGACCGCAUCCACUACCAGGCGGACGUGCGGCUGGAGGCCACUGAGGAGAUCUACCUGACACCAGUGCAGAGGCCCCCAGACCCUGCAGAGCCCAACUCUGCCUUCCUGCCGCCAGCUGAGAGCCGGAUGUCGGUCAGCUCCGACCCAGACCCUGCCGCUUACCCGGCAACUGCAGGGCGGCCACACCCCUCCAUCAGCGAGGAGGACGAGGGCUUCGACUGCUUGUCGUCCCCGGAGCGGGCCGAGCCGCCAGGUGGAGGAUGGCGGGGGAGCCUGGGCGAGCCGCCGCCGCCUCCACGGGCCUCGCUGAGCUCGGACACCAGCGCCCUGUCCUACGACUCGGUCAAGUAUACGCUGGUGGUGGAUGAGCACGCGCAGCUGGAGCUGGUGAGCCUGCGGCCAUGCUUCGGCGACUACAGCGACGAGAGCGACUCGGCCACCGUCUACGACAACUGCGCCUCUGCCUCCUCCCCCUACGAGUCGGCCAUUGGGGAGGAGUACGAGGAGGCCCCCCGGCCUCGGCCCCCCGCCUGCCUCUCUGAGGACUCCACGCCCGAUGAACCCGAUGUCCACUUCUCCAAGAAGUUCCUGAACGUCUUCAUGAGUGGCCGCUCUCGCUCCUCCAGUGCAGAGUCCUUCGGGCUCUUCUCCUGCGUCAUCAACGGGGAGGAGCAGGAACAGACCCACCGGGCCAUAUUCAGGUUUGUGCCUCGACAUGAAGACGAACUUGAGCUGGAAGUGGAUGACCCUCUGCUGGUGGAGUUGCAGGCUGAGGACUACUGGUAUGAGGCCUACAACAUGCGCACGGGUGCCCGGGGCAUCUUUCCUGCCUACUACGCCAUCGAGGUCACCAAGGAGCCUGAACAUAUGGCAGCCCUGACCAAAAACAGCGACUGGGUGGACCAGUUCCGGGUGAAGUUCCUGGGCUCAGUCCAGGUUCCCUAUCACAAGGGCAAUGACGUCCUUUGUGCCGCUAUGCAAAAGAUUGCCACCACCCGCCGGCUCACCGUGCACUUUAACCCGCCCUCCAGCUGCGUCCUAGAGAUCAGCGUGCGGGGCGUGAAGAUAGGCGUCAAGGCUGACGACUCCCAGGAGGCCAAGGGGAAUAAAUGUAGCCACUUUUUCCAGCUAAAAAACAUCUCUUUCUGCGGAUACCAUCCAAAGAACAACAAGUAUUUUGGGUUCAUCACCAAGCACCCUGCCGACCACCGGUUUGCCUGCCAUGUCUUUGUGUCUGAAGAAUCCACCAAAGCCCUGGCAGAAUCCGUGGGGUAUGUGUGUGUGUGCUGCCAAGCACCCAGCCCUGUAGCCAGCCCCGGUCUGAGGCCCCGAGCACGUUCCUCAUGCUCGGCAGCAUCCCUCAGUCCUCCCCAGCGCUCUGCACGGCGUCCUUGGGUCACAGUGGCCUGGAGAGAGGGCUGGGUGGUCUUGAGGUCCAAACUUUAGUUGCUGGGCCCUUUCUUCAGUUGAAAUCUCACUCAGGAAACACUGUGUGCAGAGAACAGAGCCGAGCAGCUCUGGCUGGGGGAGGCGCAGCUCCAUCCGGGUACCCCGAGGCUCCAGUGUGAAAACCCUGGGUCGAGAUCCUGUUCCUCCCCCGUCAUUCUGGUGUGUCUGCCUGCCUCCUAGGAGAGCGUUCCAGCAGUUCUACAAGCAGUUCGUGGAGUACACCUGCCCCACAGAAGAUAUCUACCUGGAGUAGCAGCGCUGCCUCGCUCUCUGCAUCCCCUGGGCCCUGGGGCCAGCGCCAGGAUGGCUGGCUGCUGACAGGACAUGGCACUGCUUGAGGAGGGGCACCUGCCACCACCAGAGGAUGGGGAAGUGGGGGGCUGUUGGCUGAGGGUGGGGGAGGGCGGGGGUUAUGGGGAGAGGCAAAUGCAGUUUAUCGUAAUAUCUGGGAUCAGAUUCAUCUAUGGAGGACGGAGCGGGCUGCCCAGGGAUUGGGAGGGAAUGGGGCUGGGGGGUGGUAUUAAGCCUCUGGCCAGGAAGGGUGCCCAUCCUCGGAGUGGAGGGUUCUGUCCCAUCUCGGGCCUCCCUCCCUUUCCCUGCCAGGGCCUCCGGGCCUCUACAAAGCUCACGCCACCUGCGAGUGCCCACCCCACCCCGGCCCCCAACUCCCAAGCCCAACCGAAGGGCCCUGAGCUCAGGCUGAGCCCAGCCACCUCCCGAGGACUCUGCAGCGAGGAAACGGCAGCAGGCAGGGGUGCAGUCCCUGUCCCCAGCCCUGUCACUUGUGUGGCCUCUGGAUGGCUCCUACCACCAGCCUCACCGGCAUGCCGGCCCCUGGCAGUGGUGCAGCCUCACAGGGAGGGAGAGUGCCGCAGCGGGGCCCCACCUCGGCAGGAAAAGGAGGCUUCCGCCCCGGCCUCGGCCCGCCAGGCCCCUUGGCUGCUUGGCGGUAGCCCCAUCUCUGUCCUGUUAAUGCUGGCCACAACUAUUAAAGUGCCAUUUCCUGUCGGGACCGCA